CCACUCCCCCCAAAAAACCUCGCCAAACCCCCAGAAACUCCCAUCCCAUCACCUCCAUCCUCCGCACCACUCCUCCCCCUCCACCUCACGUCGCCACCGCACCGCCGCCGUUUCCCAGCUCUGCUCUCACAGGGUCUCCUCCUCGGCUUUCUCCACGCCACGCCACGCCACACCGCCGCUGCCACCUCCCUUCCUUCGUCUCCGGCCUUGUUCUUCGAGCCUUUUUCUUUAUUAUCGUCGGUGCUCCUGCUCCAGGACCUUCCGAAGCUAGCUCCCCGCUCCCUCUCGCCGAGGAGCCCGGAGUGUCGCUCACGGAGCUCGAAAACCGUUAUAGCUACAGCGUCCCCGUCGGGGCCGCGGCAGCAGCGCCUGCGUCCGUAGUACUACGAACUCGGCAGGGGACAACAGGACGGGCGCGCGGCCUGACUGCUGCUGCCUCUCUCUGCUUUCAGCUACUCGUAGCUGCUGCUGCAUUUCCGCUGCUCUUUUUAAAGAGCCCGUCGUCUUUACUGCGGCCAUUCCCUCCUCCCCCUUUCUUCCUCCGAUCCCCUGCGCCCCGGUCUGCCUUCCUGCUCGCAUCGCCUCGCCUCCCUCCCUUCCCGACCCUUUCUUUGCUCUUUAUUCCCCUGCCGAUCCGCAGUGCAGGAGCCAGGCAGGAGGGAAAUCCACCCGGCCGUCCGUUCCGAUCGCGCGCCCCCCCUGCAGCUUCUUUUCCUGCUGGGGUCAGGGUAGCAGCCUGCAUGCAGGGCCUGGUUUGGUUGGGGUUCUCGUGUCAUCUCAACGCCAGGGAGGUACUUGCUCGUCUGUCUCUCCUUGCCUGUGCGCUUCGGUUAUUAGCUAGCUAGCUUGGGUCUAGUCUAGUGUAACUCCCGGCCGCCAUCUUUGCUGUACUUCGUUCGUGCCAUGUCGCGCUCGCGCACGGUGCGGAUCUUCUGGGACGAUCCUGACCUGACCGAUUCCUCCGGCGACGACGAGGGCUGCGGAGCCCGGAGGGUCGGCAGAAUGGUGAGGGAGCUGGCACCAGCACCAGCACCAGCACCGGCGGCUCUUCCCGUGCCGGAUCAGUGCAACCCCGGGGACGGCGACCGCGGGAGGAAGGCCGGCGUCGCUGGUCCCGGCGUGUGCAGCGGGGCGCGGAGACGGCUGGCCAAGGGCGCCGGUGGCGCGGCGAGCACCAAGUUCCGCGGCGUGCGGAGGCGGCCGUGGGGCAAGUUCGCGGCGGAGAUCCGCGACCCGUGGCGCGGCGUGCGCGUCUGGCUCGGCACCUUCGACACCGCGGAGGAGGCCGCACGCGUCUACGACGCCGCCGCCGUCCAGCUCCGCGGGGCCAACGCCACCACCAACUUCUCCGCGUCCGCCGCCACUAACUGCGGCUCCGGCUCCGGGGCCGGGGCCGGGCAGGACCCGGCGACGACACCGGCGGCGGGCUACGAGUCCGGCGCGGAGUCGUCGCCGACGUCCGUGCUCCGCAAGGUCCCCUCCCUGUCCUCCCUCGCCGAGGACGACUCGGACGCGCCGGCCGCCCAGCGCCGCAGCCUGGCCGUCCUCGAGGAGGAGGAGCUGGGCGAGUUCGUGCCGUUCGAGGACGCGCCCGUCUACGCCACCAGCGGCUUCUGGGACUUCGAGCCCGACGCGGGGUUCCUCUACGCCGAGCCGUCGUCGCCGGAGGCGUCGUGGAAUGCCGCCGCCGCCGUCGCCGAGCCCGCCUCGUCUGACGACGCGCCCAGCUGGGCCGCGUCGCCGGUGCAGGAGAACGACUACUUCCAGGACCUGCGCGACCUCUUCCCGCUAAACCGGCUUCCCGCGAUUUUCUGAAAACAGGCGGACGGUGAACGCCGGAACCGGGAACGGCGCCGUUGGUCCGUCGUCGAGAGUGUGUUGUGUCUCGUGCCUACGUGCACUGUGUACUUGUACGCCUUUCCCACGCUGUUCGUGUUACUAUCUUCGAGUCGAUGAGAAAUGUAAUAUGCUGCCG